AUGGUGAUGAAGUAUGUGCGCGGGGAGAAGGAGGCUCUGGACCUGCGCAGGGACAAGGAGGGGCUGGAAAGGAGGCUGAGGGAGGCCACCAAGGAGGUGGACCGCCAGGCCCUCAGGGGAAACCAGUUAGCCCAGGAGAAAGGCCGGCUGCAGCAGCUCCACGACACCAAGGUAACGCAGGGGAAGUGUUAAAGCAACCAAGAUCCACAUGUUCAGCUGCUAAGGUGGCGCUGGCGCAAUGUUAGAUGGACUUUCUGACACCACUGCUGCUUUAUUUGCACUGGCAAAUCAAUAUUUACUUUAAGGUACUGGAAAGAGUCUGCUCUUUUGCAUCAUCACACCUUUUGCUGAAACUUUACUGCUGACCAUAUCAACAGUGGACUACUGAACAAUAUGUUCUUUGAGUAAAGUGAUCCUUUAACAUUAAUUACUAAUGAAUUGGCAUACAGUGCUUGUUACAUCCUAAUGGAAUCCAUCUCUUGUUGUCCUCAGGAGGGAGAGGUGAGCAGGCUGAGUCGGGAGUUGGAGAACGUCAAGGAGGUGAUCAACUCUCAUCUCAUCAAGGUCAAAUGGGCCCAGAACAAGCUGAAGAGUGAGACCGACGCCCAUAAGGUAAGACCAACUGCAUUUUUUACACUGUUGAAUAGUAAGGCUACAGCCACACAGAAUGAACAUGGAUGAAAUCCUAUAUGCUUUCUUCAGUUGUCUAUUUUUGUCUGUCAAAAGUUCAACUCAAGUUUAUUUUUGGAGAAGUAGCAUACGUAAAAAGCAGACAUAUUGUGCGUUUUUUGACAGACAAUCAUCUCCGUUGAUGAUCAAUGGAUGACUCCCAUUGAAAAACCAAUGGCUCAAUCUGUGAUUUUCGGACACAAAAUCGCUGUGGCCAAAGCCUGAAUAUGAAUCGCAUCAGGAUAAAAGUUAAAAGACGGGAAGAAUCAGGAUGGAAGUGGCAGAAGAAUAAUAGUCCCACACGCUAUUAUACGCCCAAAUACAGUAUGAUUGUAUGUGACUUAGUUUAUGAUUUUCAAGGUCAUUAUCUGUGAGUCUGCAUUUUUUGGGCUGCUACUCUAAAGAACCAACAAAAUGACCAGAUGAAACCUACCCCCACAAAAAAUAAGAAUUACACUAUUUGUCUAAUGGAGAUUAAAAACAAAUUCAUUUGGGUUCCUGGAUCCUUUUACAGCAUUUUAAGGCUGCGUUGAGACAACUUAUCAAUGACCCAAGUGCAGCUCAUUUAAUCCCUACCAUUGUGUCGCUGAGUUGUCAUAAUGAUUCAGCAAAUGUACAUUAUCCUAGGGGGGUUGGAAGACACUGUAAAUAACCACAUUUAUGUCCCUCUUACUGCCUGGAAUGCCUCUGCUGAUCCUACAGCUAUUGUAUGCAGUAAUCAUAUGCCUAUAAACCAGAGUAAUACUGUUAGCACUGAGGUGGUGUGCCCUAGUAGGAAGUCCACUGUGUGCAGCUCACGUCUACCUCUGCUAAGCUUCCCAGUAAAGCAAGAAAAAUAAUCUAGCAUCCCAGAAAAGUGUUCAAAAUAGCCCACAUUAACAUAUGUAUCUUAAGAAACAAGGUUCAUGAAAUAAAUAAUUUGCUAGUAACAGAUGACAUUAAUAUUCUGACAAUCUCUGAAACUCACAUAGAUAAUACAUUUGAUGAUACAGUGGUAGCAAUACAAGGUUAUAACAUUUACAGAAAAUACAGAAAUGCCAAUGGUGGAGGUGUUGCGGUCUAUAUUCAGAACCACAUUCCUGUAAAGCUUAGAGAGGAUCUCAUGUUAAAUACUGUUUAAGUAAUAUGGCUACAGGUUCACCUGCCUCACCUCAAGCCCAUUCUGGUGGGAAGCUGCUAUAGACCACCAAAUGCUAACAGUCAGUAUCUGGAUAACGUGUGAAAUGCUUGAUAAUGUAUGUGAUCUCAAUAGAGAGGUAUACAUUCUGGGUGAUUUUAAAUAUUGACUGGCUUUCAUCAGGCUGCCCACUCAAGAGAAAGCUUCAAACUGUAACUAGUGCCUGCAACCUGAUUCAGGUUAUCAAUCAACCUACCAGGGUAGUUACAAACAGUACAGGAAUGAAAUCAUCAGUGGGAAGAACAAGUAUUUGAUACACUGCCGAUUUGGCAGGUUUUCCUACUUACAAAGCAUGUAUAGGUCUGUAAUUUAUCAUAGGUACACUUCAACUGUGAGAGACGGAAUCUAAAACAAAAAUCCAGAAAAUCACAUUGUAUGAUUUGUAAGUAAUUAAUUUGCAUUUUGUUGCAUGACAUAAGUAUUUGAUACAUCAGAAAAGCAGAACUUAAUAUUUGGUACAGAAACCUUUGUUUGCAAUUACAGAGAUCAUAAGUUUCCUGUAGGUCUUGACCAGGUUUGCACACACUGCAGCAGGGAUUUUGGCCCACUCCUCCAUACAGACCUUCUCCAGAUCCUUCAGGUUUCAGGGCUGUCACUGGGCAAUAUGGACUUUCAGCUCCCUCCAAAGAUUUUAUAUUGGGUUCAGGUCUGGACACUGGCUAGGCCACUCCAGGAACUUGAGAUGCUUCUUACGGAGCCACUCCUUAGUUGCCCUGGCUGUGUGUUUCGGGUCGUUGUCAUGCUGGAAGGCUCAGCCACGACCCAUCUUCAAUGCUCUUACUGAGGGAAGGAGGUUGUUGGCCAAGAUCUCGCGAUACAUGGCCCCAUCCAUCCUCCCCUCAAUGCGGUGCAGUCAUCCUGUCCCCUUUGCAGAAAAGCAUCCCCAAAGAAUGAUGUUUCCACCUCCAUGUUUCACGGUUGGGAUGGUGUUCUUGGGGUUGUACUCAUCCUUCUUCUUCCUCCAAACACGGCGAGUGGAGUUUAGACCAAAAAGCUCUAUUUUUGUCUCAUCAGACCACAUGACCUUCUCCCAUUCCUCCUCUGGAUCAUCCAGAUGGUCAUUGGCAAACUUCAGACGGGCCUGGACAUGCGCUGGCUUGAGCAGGGGGACCUUGCGUGCACUGCAGGAUUUUAAUACAAGACAGCGUAGUGUGUUACUAAUGGUUUUCUUUGAGACUGUGGUCCCAGCUCUCUUCAGGUCAUUGACCAGGUCCUGCCGUGUAGUUCUGGGCUGAUCCCUCACCUUCCUCAUGAUCAUUGAUGCCCCACGAGGUGAGAUCUUGCAUGGAGCCCCAGACCGAGGGGUGAUUGACGUCAUCUUGAACUUCUUCCAUUUUCUAAUAAUUGCGCCAACAGUUGUUGCCUUCUCACCAAGCUGCUUGCCUAUUGUCCUGUAGCCCAUCCCAGCCUUGUGCAGGUCUACAAUUUUAUCCCUGAUGUCCUUACACAGCUCUCUGGUCUUGGCCAUUGUGGAGAGGUUGGAGUCUGUUUGAUUAAGUGUGUGGACAGGUGUCUUUUAUACAGGUAACGAGUUCAAACAGGUGCAGUUAAUACAGGUAAUAAGUGGAGAACAGGAGGGCUUCUUAAAGAAAAACUAACAGGCCGGUGAGAGCCGGAAUUCUUACUGGUUGGUAGGUGAUCAAAUACUUAUGUCAUGCAAUAAAAUGCAAAUUAAUUAAUAAAAAAUCAUACAAUAUGAUUCUCUGGAUUUUUGUUUUAGAUUCCGUCUCUCACAGUUGAAGUGUACCUAUGAUAAAAAUUACAGACCUCUACAUGCUUUGUAAGUAGGAAAACCUGCAAAAUCGGCAAUCCAUCGGCUGUAGUGAUCACAAUAUAGUAGCCAUAUCUAGGAAAACCAAAGUUCCAAAGGUUGGGCCUAAUAUUGUGUAUAAGAGGUCAGACAAGAAGUUCUGUAGUGAUUCCUAUGUUGUUGAUGUGAAUAAUAUUUGUUGGUCUGUGGUGUGUAAUGACGAGCAACCAGACGCUGCACUUGACACAUUUAUGAAAUUGCUUAUCCCAGUUACUAAUAAGUGUGCACCCAUUAAGAAAAUGACUGUAAAAACUGUUAAAUCCCAGUGGAUUGAUGAGGAAUUGAAAAAGUGUAUUGUUGAGAGGGAUGAGGCAAAAGAUAUGGCAAAUAAGUCUGGCUGUACAACCGAUUGGCAAACAUUCUGCAAAUGUAGAAAUCAUGUGACUAAACUGAAUAAAAUAAGAAGAAACUACACUAUGAAACAAAGAUAAAUGACAUAAAGAAUGAUAGUAAAAAGCUUUGUAGCACCUUAAAUGACAUUUUGAGCAAAAAGGCAAACUCCGCUCCAUCAUUCAUUGAAUCAGAUGGCUCAUUCAUCACAAAACCCACUGAUUUUGCCAACUUCUUUAAUGAUUUUUUUUUUAGGCAUGACAUGCCAGCAACAAACGCUGACACUACACAUCCAAGUAUUUCUGACCAAAUUAUGAAAGCCAAGCAUUGUAGUUUUGAAUUCCGUGAUUGUUAAGCACACUUAUAGGGAAGGACGUUCAACAAGCACUUACACAAAUGACUGAUGAUUGGCUGAGGAAAAUGGAUGAUAAAAAUAUUGUGGGGGCUGUUUUGUUAGAUUUCAGUGCAGCUUUUGACAUUAUCGAUAAUAGUCUGUUGCUGGAAAAAGUAUGUUAUGGCUUUACACCCCCUGCUAUAUUGUGGAUAAAGAGUUACUUGUCUAACAGAACACAGAGGGUGUUCUUUAAUGGAAGCCUCUCCAACAAAAUCCAGGUAGAAUCAGGAAUUCCCCAGGGCAGCUCUCUAGGCCCCUUACUUUUUUCAAUCUUUACUAACGACCUGUAUGAAUGCAGAUGAUUCAACACUAUACACGUCAGCUACCACAGUGACUGAAAUGACAGCAACACUUAACAAAGAGCUGCAGUUAGUUUCAGAAUGGGUGGCAAGGAAUAAGUUAGUCCUAAAUAUUUCAAAAACUAAAAGCAUUUUAUUUUGGACAAAUCAUUCACUAAACCCUAAACCUCUACUAAAUCUUGUAAUGAAUAAUGUGAAAAUUGAGCAAGUUGAGGAUAGUAAAUUGCUUGGAGUAACCCUGGAUUGUAAACUGUCAUGGUCAAAGCAUAUUGAUACAACAGUAGCUAAAAUGGGGAGAAGUCUGUUUAUAAUAAAGUGCUGCUCUGCAUUCUUAAUAGCACUAUCAACAAGGCAGGUCCUACAGGCCCUAAUACAGGCCCUAAUUUUGUCGCACCUGGACUACUGUUCAGUCGUGUGGUCAGGUGGAACAAUGGGAGACUUAGGAAAAUUGCAAUUGGCUCAGAACAGGGCAGCACGGCUGGCCCUUGGGUGUACACAGAGAGCUAACGGUAAUAAUAUGCAUGUCAAUCUCUCCUGGCUCAAAGUUAUUUAUAAUUAUUUUUCUGAGGUCUUGGCUGAUUUCUUUAGAUUUUCCCAUGAUGUCAAGAAAAGAGGCACUGAGUUUGAAGGUAGGCCUUGAAAUAAAUCCACAUGUACACCUCCAAUUGACUCAAAUUUUCUGGAAUUUUCCAAGCUGUUUAAAGGCACAGGCAACUUAGUGUAUGUAAACUUCUGACCCACUGGAAUUGUGAUACAGUGAAUUAUAAGUGAAAUAAUCUGUCUGUAAACAAUUGUAGGAAAAAUUACUUGUGUCAUGCACAAAGUAGAUGUCCUAACCGACUUGCCAAAACUAUAGUUUGUUAACAAGAAAUGUGUGGAGUGGUUGAAAAACGAGUUUUAAUGACUCCAACCUAAGUGUAUGUAAACUUCCGACUUUAACUGCAUAUGCUAUCGGAAAAAGUAUCAUUAGGUUGUGUUUAUGAAGGUCUUAGAUUAAGAUACAAAUUGAAAGAACAUAACAUUUUCAUAGUUUGUUACUAUAGGCUAUAUGUGAAAAACGUCUAAAAACACAGAAUUUCAAGUGUAAAAUAAAUGUUAUUCGCGGAGUGCCUUGGUUACAUCUGUGAAGCAAAAAGGAUCUGCGUUGGAACACAGUAAGAGCUUCUUUUUAUAACGAUAAAACAAAUAACUUAGGGGACAUGACUUAGCGUCUAAGGCAUUUUGGCCCGUUUUUCACUACCUUGACAUUUUGGCUUCUACAGUGCUCUUGAUUUCUAUGGAUUCAGCACACACUCAGCUAAAAGUUAAAAAUGUCAAAACAGACUUUUGAGACUUUUAUAUGAGUGAUUAUGUGUCAUAAAGGCAAAAAAAAAAAACGCAUGUUGAAAUUCUUUCGUUGUAUAUGACGAAGAAAUGCACAGUUUGAGGAAGUAGGUUUUCAAAUCUGGUUUCCCCAGGUCUUGAGUACCUCUUAAGUUUUAGGGAGCAAAAAUGUGACUGAUCGGCUCGAUUCGGUCUUAUGUAGCAAAAUUUGAAAUUGUGUUUUUUACGGUGGAUAAAAGUAGAGACUCAGAGCUAGAAAAUGGUAUAUCAUACACUACAGUUGAGGAACAAUGGGAAAGUACAGUGCCUUUCAAAAGUAUUCAUCCCUCUUGGCGUUUUUCCUAUUUUGUUGCAUUACAACCUGUCAUUUAAAUUGAUUUUUAUUUGGAUUUCAUGUAAUGGACAUCCACAAAAUAGUCCAAAUUGGUGAAGUGAAAUUAAAUAAAUAACUUGUUUCAAAAAAUUAUUAAAAAUAAAUAACGGAAAAGUGGUGCGUGCAUAUGAAUUCACCCCCUAUGCUAUGAAGCCCCUAAAUAAGAUCUGGUGCAAACGAUUACCUUCAGAAGUCACAUAAUUAGUUAAAUAAAGUCCACCUGUGUGCAAUCUAAGUGUUACAUGAUCUGUCACAUGAUCUCAGUGUAUAUAUACACCUGUUCUGAAAGGCCCCAGAGUCUGCAACACCACUAAGCAAGGGGCACCACCAAGUAAGCGGCACCAUGAAGACCAAGGAGCUCUCCAAACAGGUCAGGGACAAAGUUGUGGAGAAGUACAGAUCAGGGUUGGGUUAUAAAAAAAUAUCUGAAACUUUGAACAUCCCACGGAGCACCAUUAAAUCCAUUAUUAAAAAAUUGAAAGAAUAUGUCACCACAACAAACCUGCUAAGAGAGGGCCGCCCACCAAAACUCACGGACCAGGCAAGGAGGGCAUUAAUCAGAAAGGCAACAAAGAGACCAAAGAUAACCAUGAAGGAGCUGCAAAGCUCCACAGCGGAGAUUGGAGUAUCUGUCCAUAGGACCACAUUAAGCCGUACACUCCACAGAGCUGGGCUUUACAGAAGAGUGGCCAGAAAAAAAGCAUUGCUUAAAAAAAAUAUAAGCAAACACGUUUGGUGUUCGCCAAAAGGCAUGUGUGAGACUCCCCAAACAUAUGGAAGAAGGUAUUUGGUCAGAUGAGACUAAAAUUGAGCUUUUUGGCCAUCCAGGAAAACGUUAUGUCUGACGCAAACACAACACCUCUCAUCAACCUGAGAACACCAUCCCUACAGUGAAGCAUGGUGGUGGCAGCAUCAUGCUGUGGGGAUAUUUUUCCAUCAGCAGGGACUGGGAAACUGGUCAGAAUUGAAGGAAUGAUGUAUGGCGCUAUAUACAGGGAAAAUCUUGAGGGAAACCUGUUUCAGUCUUCCAGAGAUAGGAGGAGGUUCACCUUCCAGCAGGACAAUGAACCUAAGCAUACUGCUAAAGCAACACUCGAGUGGUUUAAGGGGAAACAUUUAAAUGUCCUGGAAUGGCCUAGUCAAAGCCCAGACCUCAAUCCAAUUGAGAAUCUGUGGUAUGACUUAAAGAUUGUUGUAUACCAGCGGAACCCAUCCAACUUGAAGGAGCUGGAGCAGUUUUGCCUUGAAGAAUGGGCAAAAAUCCCAGUGGCUAGAUGUGCCAAGCUUAUAGAAACAUACCCCAAGAGACUUGCAGCUGUAAAUUGAUUUAUCAGUAGUAAAUCAGAUACAAUAUAGGAAAAUAUCUAGGCAAUAGGGACGUGUCUAAUGUUGAUGAUUCUUUUACAAUAUUGAGGACAUGCAAAGAUGCAGAGAAUUAAGUUGGGUUAGUCGGUGAGUGGAAAAAAUGAUUGACAUUUAUUUAACAUUUAUUUACGUUUAUUGGUGAGUGAAUUUUUUUUGUUUUCAUUUAUUUAUUUUACUCUUUAAUGAUGAGCGGUGCGAGGGAGUUGCUUUUUCCACAAGCCUUUUCUCAUGGCAAGCUAAUGAAACUGUAAACACACUAGCUAGCUAGCACACUAGAGCCAGCUAGCGCACUGGACAGUCUAAAUUGGAAAAACACUUGCUUGAGUUUCAAAAAUAGUUGCUAAAUGAAGGACUGCAAGCGCCAUUUGAGCCGUGACUUGAGCUACCGAAACAGGUGCGUCUUUUUCACUGUUCACCGCUUACUCCCGUUUCAAUAGGGUGAUAUUCCCUUAAUAUUGGGGGUUGACACAUACAGUUAACAGCAUUAACAAAAAUGAUUCCCCUUUUAACCAAGUGACCCGCAUUUGGCAGGUGUACAUUUUUUGCCCUGUGUUUAAUAUGUGAGCUUAAACUGGGUGGGCAGGCUUUUGUUAAAAAUGAAAGUGAAUUAUUCUGAUGAAAAUAAGCUCUUUGCUUUUAUGAAGACAAUGUAGGGAGAAGAAUUGUGUGAUAUAUUGCCUUGUAUUCUUUGUUGUUGUCAGAUGCACAUGAACAAAUGGAACACUAUUGUCAACAUGAAUUAAUAGUUGUCUUCAGCACAAAAUUUCACUUACCUUUUUCGGGCAGCCACCAAGCAGAUUCCACCUGCCUUUCUGUUCAGUUUGCAUUUCCCCCAGGCCAUCAGGCUAUCAGGCAACCGUUAAUGUCAAACCCUGUAAUUGGAUUGUGAUUAUACCGAUGAAUGAAUGCUGCACACAAUGUGCUUAUUUUCCAUUCCAUUCAUUUUUUAUUUUUAUGGAACAAUGUUUGAUUUGAUGUGUAUGAAAUUGUUUGGUGAAAUAUGGAUAAAAGGAGCGUAGCCAAAUUACCUAUAAUUCUGCACCUUUUGAUGGUUGUAUUUGUGUGUAUGCAGUUUUGAUUGUGACUGCAAAGAAAAUAUUGAUUUAAAUGUUAUUUUUUUAAGACAGACUAACUUUGUUUUGUCAGCUUGACUCAAGCGGUAUGUAUGUUUGUGAUCAUCUUUUUGUCGGCAGUCGUGUUCUUUUGAGGAAUGUAUUUGCAAUUUUUAUGGUACCAUUUAUUUUUGAUGGCAACUACAUUUUGAAAAUGCAUUUACUGUUUUGCAAAAGGCCACAGUUCUGUGUUGUGAGUACACUGUUUUGAAAAUUGAUAACAUUGUUCACAAAAUGCUUGUAUGCGAUGAGAAAAACUGUAACAUUCACCGUCUUCUUCUCACCACAGGAGACUAAAGUUAAGCUACGAGAGACCACGGCCAAACUCACCCAGGCGAAGGAGGAGACGGAGCAGAUCCGCAAGAACUGCCAGGACAUGAUCCGCACAUAUCAGGUGUGCGUCUGUGUGUUUUCAAAGAUGGAAUACCUGUGUAGAUGAGCUUUAUUAGAAAUCCAAAGAAAGUAUCAUGUGACUUAUCUUCUGAAAUCAGGCUAGUUUCUGUCCACUAGGGGCCAGUAGAGGGCUGUGUCCUUUCAAAUGCUAUCUGGUGCCGUAUUAUGUAUGAAGCGACAUGCUGUAGGAGUGCAGAUUUUUGCCUUUUAGAGCACAAUGAAUAUGAUGCGGGGGACCUGAUCCUAGAUCAGCACUCCUACUCUGAGACACUUGAUACAUAUGGCCCCAGAUCUUUGCUUUGGAAUUCAUUAGGGUUAUUCAGUGUUUUCCAUUACCGCCGGCUGUCGGCAAAUCAGCCAGUUACAGACGGCUACAUUUUCCGCUUCAUAUUAACUAGGCUACUUUUCAUUUAAAAGUUUCAAUUUGCCAGUCCGUUUCGUUCUGAACAGAACCAUUCUUUUUUUGUUGUUCUAUUCCACUGUUCCGACCAGCAAAGUUCUGAGCCAGUUCGAACCCCAAAAAAGUACCGGUUUAUAUCGGUUCUUUCUGUUCCUUUUAAAACCUCUGAAAUAUAGUUAUUUUUAUUAUUAUUUAGCGCGACAUUAAAUGACUUCACCGAUCAGUGCGGAUAAAGCAGCGUGCUGUGGAGCAGGGUAAGCAAUUUAAUCUGUAUAGGAAAGUCGUUAAGAGCAAAUUGUAUUUUGCCGUAACAGCAUGGUUUAAGCAUAAUGAAAGACAAACACACACACUGUGCUGCCAGUCACAGUGUAGGGCGCGAGAUGCAACUGAAAUUUUGAGGGUGAGGAGACAGCGAGAGACGAUGAAGGAAUCUUGCUUUGAAGCACUGGGCAUCUUGUUAAGACAUGCCUUCUCUGAAUUAGGCCCACAGAAUUAUAGCUACAGAUGAGCGGCAUCUAUGGAGGAAAGUUAAAUGUAUUUGAACUUCUGAGUUGGUUUAACGUUGGACCAGAGCAAACUUUAGCUAGCUAGCUAGCUAGCUAACAAGCUUGUAUGUGCAGAGCAGCACUAUCAUUAAAAACACGUCUUACCUUUUUGUUAAGAAAUCCAAUGUGAAAUGUGAUAACCUUAACUAGCAUUGGAAAAAGUCUAUCCUUUCUUCUUUAAUUAAACCUCUCCAUAAUUUCUGAAUUACGCUUGUAACGUCGUCAGUAGGCUACAAUAACAUAUGCUUCAGAGGGGAGGGGCAGGUAGCCUACACACACAUGCACGCACACCCCCUGGCAAAGAUUUCCAGCUGGCAGGCAGACGCUGGAAUUAUGCCACGUUCACGUGUUAGUCAAAAACUCUGAAAUCUCUGACUUGCUAACUGGUUGUAGUUAUACACGUGCUGCGUUCAACCAGCUAGCAAGUCGAACAUUUUCGAGUUUCCUAGUUCUGACAAGCACGUGAAUGCGGCAUACGUUUCUGAGUGACAGAGUGCGGGCUUUGCAUAGGCGCCUUGUUGCGAUUUUUGUGGGACUGGAAAAAUAACAUUAUUAACCGGUUCCCAUGCUUUUAAAAUAACGGUUCUGUUCUAGAACAGUAAAAUCACGUUCGUUUCGGGUAUUGUUUCUCAAAUAAUUUGGUUAUUUUCCGGUUUUCGGUUCAUUUCCCUGAGCUGGUUCCAACCCUUGGUUGCAGUAUAAUUGAUUUACAGGGAGGAGGGAGAGAGCACAUGAGGCUCAUGAAUUUGCACGUCCCAUGUAAUGUAAGUGGUAACGAUAAGUCAAAAUCCACAACUUAGCCUAAUGAUUGUUUUCUGACACAUUCAUUUAUUUUCUUUCACGUGUUUCACAUAGCCAGCCACGUGGAGUUCGUGGCGCAUAGUAGGCUAUUUACUGUGUGUUGAUUGACAACUGAACAGCAAGUGUUGACUAGUUUAUAAAACUUAGCUAACUGACUGAAUAAAGUCGAUCUCCUAUAUUCCUUUGCCAUUCAUAAAUCAUGCAACGUGGUUAUAUGUCCAUGGUAUUGCAUCGGGACAAGUAAACCAAAGGAUUUCGUGGGUUUCCUUUCCUAGGAUGUCAGGGCUUGCCAAACAAUGACGCUAAAGUGAGUGACUCUCGUCUCGUCAGUCAGUGUAGCCUACCGAAUCACAUCGUUGAGAGAGCCGUUCAUUUGGCUCCCUAAUCUGCAUAGGCUACUGGUAGGUCUAUUCUUUCGGCGAUUAUCUGCAGAUAAAUUAUGAACACAUUCGAUGAACUGCCAAGGCAGCAGCUACUCUUCCUGGGGUCCGGCAAAAUUAAGGCAGUUAUACAAUUUUAAAAACAUUACAAUACAUUCAUUACAGAAUUCACAACAUACUAAGUGUGUGCCCUCAGACACAUACUCCACUACCACAUUUAUACAACACAAAAUCCAUGUGUACGUGUGUGUAUGUUAUCAUGUGUGUUUGCAUGUGUCUGUGCCUAUGUUUGUGUUGCUUCACAGUCCCCGCUGUUCCAUAAGGUGUAUUUUUAUCUGUUUUUUAAAUCAUAUAGGCCUAGACCGAGACAAUAUCCAAAACAACUAACAAUACACUGAAUUCAUACAUUUCCAGUCAUUUCAAUUGUACAGUCAUGUCUUUCAACACAAUACCACAAUACGUUUUUACAAUCUGGGAGAUAAUAGUAUUCAAUAAUUUAGCUGUGUAUUUCAGAUGGAAUCAAGGCAUUAGAAUGUACCAGAAGCCACCAAAAUAGAGCUUCUUCUGCAAAAUCCCCCUAUUUUUUCUAUUUGGCUGGCGACUUUAUGUUCCUGUGGAAAACACUGGUUAUUCCGACUCACUCUCUCCCUCUUACCCUUAAAUCAAUAUUUUUUCUCUUUACUCCUUGUUUCUUUUCUUCCUCUAUUAUGAUCUCUCUCCAUCCUUUGUUUUUCCUCCUCUCUUUCUCUUACCACAUCCUUAUUUAUUUUUCUCUCUCUCUAUCCUCUCUCACUCCUUCCUCCAUCUGUUGCUCCUUCCCCGCUGUUCCUCUCUGUGCUUGCUCUCUUUAACCCCUCCCCCCCCCCCUCGCUCUCUCAGGAGUCAGAGGAGAUCAAGUCGAACGAAUUGGACGCCAAGCUGCGCGAGACCAAAGGCGAACUGGAGAAACACAAGCAGGAACAGACAGACCAGCUGGAGGUCCGACACAACACACACACACCGACACACACACACACACCGACAUACACUUACACACUGCCCCAUUUACACUGCCCUCUUUUAAGAUUCACACUUAAGAUAAAUUGCAGAGAAAUUAUCAAUAUUUAAGCCAUCGGUCACAUCAACAACAACUCAAAAGACUUCAUAACUGCUGUUUGUCAUUUAUGCAAUGCCCUGUUGCCAUGGCAAUCAACUUAAUUCAAGGUCUCAUUUGUAGUAUUUUGGGAAGUUUUUUUUAUGAGGAUGUUCAGCUUUGAUUUGAUUAAUGUUGCUUUACUGGAAGUGUUAUUGCUGGUUUGCAUUAACCUCACCUAUGCUCUCCAGAUUCCAACCAUUCACGUAUUGCUUGAGUAAUAUCCCAAAGUCACCUCAGGCAACUGAGAAAUAGGAAAGCUUUAACAUGAACGAACUUUGACAGUGUCCAAAACAAUAUUAACAGAUAUUCUGAAAUGGAAGGAGAAAGAUAUCUCAUUUGCUAAAUCACUUUGAACAGUUACAGGUGGACAAUCUGAAUGAACAUUCCAAAAUGUUGUAGGAAAGCAUCAGUAGUUUCAAGUUUGAUUAGUCUUAUGUACGGGAUACACAUGGUAUACACCGUCCAACGAAAUGCUUACUUGCAGGUUCCUUCUCGACAAUGCAAUAACAAUAAGUAAUAAUAAAAUAUAAGAAUACGAACAUAAAGUAAAUGGCUCAGUAGAAUAGAAUAACAUUUUUAGCGUGAGUAUAAUUAAUACAGGAAGGCACAAUUUAUAGUCCAAUAUUAGCUAUUCUUCUUACUACUGUACAUGUUCUAGAAAGCAUUUCGUAACGUCAUCGCGUAUAGGUGGCAGUUGGAUCCGAAACACUAGCUUUUCAGACUGUUAUCUAACCUAACGAAUGCUCUGCUCUGAUUGACAGAUGCACCAUUCCAAGGCCAAGGAGCUAGAAGACCUGAAGAGGACAUUCAAUGAGGGGAUGGAUGAACUGACCACCAUGCGCGCAAAGGUGUGUGUGUGUGUGUGUGUGUGUGUGUGUGUGUGUGUGUGUGUGUGUGUGUGUGUGUGUGCGCGUACGCGUGUCUGGGUCUCUGCAUGUGUGUGUGUCUGUCUCUCUCGCCUCGUUUACACCUUGCACUAAUGUGGUUUUCAUUGUCCGAUCAAGAUGAUCGAAUCACUAUCUAAUUAAGUUCUGUCACGUUUACACAUGGUAUUAAAAUGUCUGUUAUCCAUCCACUCUGUCUGCGUCGUGAACACAUUUCCUGAUCCCCCCAUGUAUUACAUUUAUUUGAUAUUCUUUCAUGCUUAGACAAUUAUUGAGACCUUGAGUCUAUGUUGUCACUUGUCAAAUAAUUGUACUGCGCUAUAAUGAUGAUUAAAGUGGUUUCAUCAUCCAGAUCUGUUUACACCUGUAAGAUAUCCAGAUACAAUGCGUGCCUGACUACCUCCAGAGACAUACAAUUUUGUUUACCAUAACUUAUUGCCUUGUUCUUAUAGAUUCUAUCUGAGGGAUCAAAUUCCUGCAUUAUACACAAAAUCAUUUCAUGGCUUAUGCUGUUCUUAUGCAUCUGAGUGACUCAACAUUAUACAAAUACAAUUUUAGAUUCUCCCUGACUGUCUAUUUUUUUGAGGGGGUGAUUGUUAGUUCUCAAAGAUGAUCUUAUUACAAAAUAUAUUGCUCCAUUAUUGUCUACAUACUUUAUAUCUGGUUUUAGUUGUUGAAGUUUACACUGAAAACGUUUUACCACCCUAAAAUUAUUUAAUUAUUUAUUUGUAUUAUUAUUUUAAAAAAUUGCAGUGGCGGCCACGAUUUAGCAGCGGUGGAGUGCCGCUGCAAAAUGCAUAUAGGGAAAACACUGACACAAAAAUGUGGGCACAAACACAGAAUGUGGACAAGAUCAGGACAAAGGACGCAUGUUAGCACCAGGUAUAAAUGGGGCUUCUCUCUCUCUCUGUGUGUGUGUGUGUGCUGGGUCACAGGUGAAGUGUCUGGAGGAUGAGAGGCCUCGCUGGGAGGAUGAGCUCUCCAAGUACAGAGAGAUCAUCAACAGGCAGAAGGCUGAGAUCGCGAGACAGAGAGACAAGCUGGGAGAGAUACACGCACUGGAGGAACAGCACCAACGGUGAGCCAACACACGUACACACACAUACGUACACACACAAAUGUACACACGUACAGAGACAGGCUAGUCGGUUGACCUUGUAUUGCUUGCCUCUGCACCGUUUGGCUGAUCCUAGUGUGUGACCUUGUGAAUGAAUGCCAAUUCUCCAAAGUGGCAUCCUGUCCUGUCUCUCCCAAUCCUCAUUGAUUCGACAGCACUGUAAAGGGAAACGCAACACAGUAGAGGUUGAAUUUCCGUCCCAUUUUUGUCACCUGUCAAGGCAUUCUGAGGACAAAUAAAUGGGCCAUAGGAAAGGGAGCAACUUAAGAGAAAUGGCUGUCACGGUCCAUGGUGACAUCCCUGUGCACUUGUUCACAUGUACACUUCUGAGUGCACACUGACCUAUGGUGUGUGUGUGUGUCUUACUAGCACUGAUUUUGCUGAUAGCUGCUUUGAGGAAAGCUUCACUUGCAAUGACUGUGAUUUUGUGUGAAAUUCUCACCUACCUUGGUUGAAUGCACUGUGACUGUAAAUCGCUACAGAUAAUUGUCUGCUAGAUACAUAAAUGUGAUGUGCUGUGCGUGCAAUGUGUCUUCCUCAGGGACGAGCAUGAGAUGGCCAGUCUACGCGAGGAGGUGGAGAGCGUGAACGUCCAGAUUGGUGACCUCCAGCUGGAUGUGCAAGGCAGCCGGGAGCGGGAGGCCGAGCUCCUGGGCUUCACGGAGAAGCUAAGCAGCAAGAACGCCCAGCUGCAGUCGGAGAGCAAUGGCCUACAGGCCCAGUUGGACCGACUGGGCACCGACUCCAUGGAGCUGCAGGGCCGACUGGAUGAGACGCAGACAGCACUGGCCGACCAG